GAGACCGAAAAAUAUUGUUCGUUAGUUCUUUUUGUUCGAAAAUAAUAAUAUUACAUUCUUAGUUUAUCUUUUAUUGCAGACACGACCUUGUGUCCUUGUAAAGCGGUACUACCGGGUACUACCAGGCAUUUUUUAAUUCUAGUGAAUUAGUGUGUAGUUGCAGCCCAAUAGGAAUGCGUAAUGGAUAUAUAAAUAUUUCUUUACGCAGUUGGGGUUCCAGGACACAGUUCAAGAAUGGGUGAUUCCCAGCGAUCGUGACUCCAAUUAGCGACGUAACAAGUAUUUUAUUUCAAUUUAAAUAAUUCAGAGUUAUUUACUGAAAGUAAACUAAAUUCUGCUGAUCUUAUUUUCAUCAAAUUUUUACCACUCUAAUGUAAAAAGCUUUUUUUUUAAUAGACCCUCUUGUAUCAAAGACGAAAAAGCUAUUAUGCAGCAAACAAUAGCAGGUACACUUAUUAAAUAUAUAAAUUAAACCAAAAAAAUCUUUAGUAGAAUGUGGAGGCGUCCAAGCCCUUGAGGGAAGAGCAACGAACCGCGUCACACCUUCACAUGGCUAGUGUAUGGUCUUUUCUUUCUUAAAUGCGUGUCUCCUGCUGGAUGGGAAAAGAGCUCUAAAAUAUGUGAAUUUUCCAACUGUACCCCGAGGGCCCUCCGCCAGAGGGCAAAGUUUCACUUCUUUUCCUUUCUCUUCCUCAGUGUUUUCUCGUCCACUGGAGACUGAACUACCGGGGACAAGUCUGUAACACACAGUGCAGUGCACAGCUUUCAUUCCUUCCAUAGACAACUCUGACAAAGCCAGUGUAUAUUUUGUAUUGCUCUUGUUCUGAUUUCAAAACUACUUUGGGCUGAUUUGAUUCAUGUUUUUGGCUACAUGGUACGGGUUUAUAUUUUUUGAUCGUUUCUCAUUGAUCGUGCAAUACUCGGAAGAUCUCACAUGAUUCCUAAAUGGUGCUGAAGACAUGGAAUUAUUGACCUAAUUACUGGUUUACAGAAAUUCAUCUUGCAACUAACGUCCGUGUUCUCUUAGCCUGCAGAAUUGAUUAGAAGAUGUUUCUCUGCCGAUUCAUCCGCCCUGCAGGCCGGAUUGUCCGAGUGACCCGGGGUCUGUUGAUACUUUUAUCAGCUGUCGCCAUCUUUGGUACCAUUGCUUUCAUUCAUCGAAUGGAAACAACUUCCAAAUUCAAUAAUGACGGGCACUCAGCUCCAAAUGUAGUGCAACAAUUGUUCACGCCAGCUUGCCAAAACUGCAGUCAGCACCGAACCGCGUCUGCCGAGAGUGUUACAGUGAUUUUGGACAACAAAAUUCACGCCGACCAUACAGCGAAAUCUCCUGCGAAAUCAUCAGAUAAAAUGGAAAGGCCAAUCAACGACGAAGCCAUUGCGGCGGCGGCGGCGGCUGCCGCUGAAAUCAUUUCGCCCGACGAGGCAUUACCGGAAGAGAUGAUGCCCGAUCAGGAAUCUCCUGCCUUUCAACCACCUGUGAUCAAGACGGAACCUCAGCAACCGCCCUCGCCCAUUCCCGAAAGUUUCCCCCAACAGCAAGAGCACGCCCAACAACAAGAAUCGCUAAAGAUUGACGAGCAGCACCAGAAAUCGCUCAUCUCUCCGUCGUUUGCCGUCAGCGACAACGCCUCGCCAGCAGUGCACUCUGAGGCUUCCAACGCUCACGCUGACAACAUGUCUCGCACGCUGCUCCAUUUGGAGACGAAGAAGGUGGCCAGCAGCGUGUCGGUGCAUUCCAAUGCGCGGACGGCCAAGAUUCAAAGCGUCGGCGCCGUGAAAGGAGCGGUGCGAAUGAACUCUGUGACACAGGAGCAUCCGCAGCCCCAGCCCAAGGUUGGCAGCGAAGAAGAAAACCUUCCGGUGCUGACUCGCAGCUUGUAUCAAGCCGGCCAUUAUCUCCCUCCCAAGGACGUCUGCCCAGAGCAGGGCGAAGGCAUGAAACUGAUGAUCUUGGUUACAACCGCUCCCGGCCAUGCCGCCCAGCGUGAGGCCGUCCGCUCUACCUGGGGACACGUCGCCUUCCGUCGUGACGUGGGCAUGGCUUUCAUGGUAGGCACUUCCAAGAACCACUCGGAGAAUUCGCUGAUUGAGCAAGAGAAUUUCAUCUACGGUGACAUCAUCCAGGGUCAUUUCAUCGAUACGUACAACAAUUUGACGCUCAAGACGAUUUCCAUGCUGGAAUGGAGUUGGGAACAUUGCAGCCGGGCCCGGUUCUUACUCAAGACGGACGAUGACAUGUACAUUCACAUGCCUGUGCUCCUGUCCAUCCUGGACGGAGCUGCCAGCCGACGACGAACAAUCAUGGGCAAGGUGGCCAAAAAAUGGAAGCCCAUCCGCAACGUCACUUCCAAGUAUUACAUUUCGCCGACUCAGUUCAAGGCGGCCAUGUACCCCGACUUCAACACGGGCCCGGCUUACAUUCUGACCAACGACAUUGUCGAGCCACUCUACCAAGCUUCGCUGAACGAAACUUUCUUCAAGUUGGAGGACGUUUUCGUCACGGGGAUGGUGGCCAGCCCGCUUAAGAUCCAGCACAUCAAUUACCCGCAGUUUUUUAACCGCCGACUCAAGCUGGAUACUUGUGCCGUCGCCAAACUCGCCAGUGUUCACAUGGUCAAAACUCACGAAAUGUUUGAUCUUUGGAAACGAUUAUCGGACGGACUUACCCGCUGCUCUCCGAAAUAAGCAGCUCUGAUUAUAAUCCUCACCUAUACUCCACAGAACUUAAAUGAAUUGGACUUCAUGUGUCGCUUUACUGGAACGUAAAGUUUUUUUAAAAAUUCAUCCGUCACUCAUGACAGUAUUUGUAAUAAUAACCUUUGAUGAUUGCACACAAAUCAACGCUCAAUGAUGGUCGAGUUUGCUGCUGCUGCUGCUGUAUUUCUGCAUAAUGUCACGUGCAUCUGAAAUCUGAUUGGAUGAUGAUAUGGUUGCUAUAAUUGUGCUUUCCAAAUUCGUUUAAAAAUCGAAAUGUUGGCCCAGUUAAAGUCAUAAUGAGAUGCUGGUUUGUUAGCCAAAAUGUAUAUUUAAAAUGUAGGGCCACCUCGCAUGCAGUAUUUGGUUUUCAUAAUCUUUGAUGCAAAAUUUUAAUGCUCCCCUCGAACCUCUAUUUUUUGAGUGAGAAUCUCGUGUAUUAUCAUUUAUUCUUGCCUUUUUUAAAAAUAAUAAACCAAGAUAUUCAGUGGGUUGAA